AUGAUUUUCGUUCUUCCUUUCGUUGGUGCCGCCCUUCUUUCCGGCUUUGUCUCUGCUCUACCGAGACCUGACAGUGCACUCGGUGACGAAGUUGGAGUGUCUGCGCCAAACGGCAUACCUCUUACUGAUUCAGCUGAGCUCCAGAGUCAAUCCGCAGCUGAAGCUGCUGCUGCUGCAAGUUCCACGGCGAAUGGUGGUUAUUACGGGGCGGCAGCUACUACUAUGGCUACGAUGGCCUCUGAAGCCAUGAUGUCAGAGGCUUCUUCCGCAACCAUGAUGGAUAGUGAAGCCUCGAUGACUACUGAAGCUGCGAUGACCACGGAAGCUGCGUUGACCACUGAAGCCAUGAUGACUAGCCUGGCCGCUACCAGCACCUCUUCACCUACGUACGGGUCUGGCAGCCAGAACUGGGGCUCAUAUGAUAACUGUGUUCAACAAUGCAUCGCAUCAUUUGGAGCACCUGCUGCUACAUAUACCGCGCCAACUGCUACAACGACCGCUGGUAGCUCGGGCACCGGAGCAACUCAUACAGUAAUUGUUGCACCUACGCAGGGUGUUUUGCGAUAUGUUCCCUUCGCUCUGAAUGCUUCUGUUGGAGACACAGUUAUGUUCCAAUGGGGUGCGAACAACCACACCGUUACUAAAAGCUCUGAGCUUUCCCCUUGCAACAAGACAUCUGACGCUCCCUUCGCCUCCGGAGUUCAGCUCAAAGGCUUCACCUUCACCGAAGUCAUCAAUGACACGAACCCGAUCUUCUACUACUGCGGUGUUCCUACACAUUGUCAGAAAGGCAUGUUCGCUAUCAUUAACCCGCCUAAUGCUGCCAUGGCCUCGACCUCCGUCGCAGGAAUGAUGCAGGGUGUUGCAGCUAAUAGCUCCACGGUCAUGAGCUACGCUACUUACACUAACAAUGCGACCGUCGGCAAACCUGCCAGCACUUGGGGUCAGAACAUUGACAUGUCUCAGCUCCCUUCUUGGGCUUAUGAGUCUGUCAUGGAGAAUGUGCUCUACACUCGAAACCUUUUGGCUAUAAACCCUGAAGUUAUGAAGGAAGAUGGUUCAGUUGACCUCAGCUCAACGUCUAGCACUCCUUUGAUGAUUCCCGAGGAUGUGGCUGCGGUACUUCAAAACGCUGCCGGUAAUUCAUCGUCUUCUGUGUCGGCAUCUUCCUCGCCAAGCACCGCUUCGAGCGCUGCUUCCUCUACGGCAGCCUCGAGCGCUGCAUCUUCACAUUCUGCGCAGAAUGGUGCUGGUGCUACGACCUCGCCAAAGGCAUUUGUUGCAAUCCUGGUUGUCGCUGCUACAAUCUUCCUUGUGUAA